UGCUACGUGAUUCCUCAAAAGUCUUCCCUUAUUAUUUUAGAGUGGUUUCCAACUCAAACACAAAAUCAAAAUCUGAAGAAAAGGAAAAAGUUGGGGGAAAAAAAAAACAAACGCAAAGCCAGCGAAUGGAAACGAAGCAUCCCAUUCAAAGUCACGGUCACAUCAUCUUCUAACACCAAAAGCUAAUGUGCUUCUCUAGUCUUCUACUACUACCGUUCGCCGUUAAUCACGCCGUGUACUUCUCUCUCUCACUCUCUCUCUCUCUACCAUUCACCAACGACUCCUAUCAACAUCUUUCUCUACUUCAGAUUCGUCUGAAAUUCAAGGUUUUUGGAACACUUUGUUCUUAAGUUCAAAUUUCUAGUUGACUGCUUGUUUAGUUAGUGCAGUUGUGCUUGAUGUUGGAUUCUGAAUUAUGAUUAGGAUUGGGAUUUACCACUUGCAGGCAAAUGAUGCUUCCAUUUCAAUGAAAUUCUGGGGAGUAGUUGAAUGUUCUGUCUCUGUGUUGAGGUUUUGCUUUUGAUCAGCUAAAAACAAUGAUGUGAAAGUUUGCUGAUUGGUUAUUGCCGGUUAUUGUGCUUGGACAGAAGUAGUGGUUAUCCAUGUUAAAAUCUUGUGGUGAACAGCGACGCCUUGAUUUUCAAGUCUGCUAAAAUGAGAUCCUUGUGUUGCAAAACUUUUUAGUCUCUAGCAUUUGGUGUAUAGAAUAUAUAAAGCGACAGCUUAACUUAAGCUUUGACGAAGAAAAUGGAAAAUACAAGGCGAUGGUUUAGUAAGUUCAAUUCAAAGGACAAAAUGAAGUCUUCAAAAAAUAAGGAAACUGUAGGAAUGACAAAAGAAGGAUCCAAACCCCCAACAAAUGAAGAGGCACCUUCAAAAGUAACGAAACAGAAAGUUGAAGCAGCAAAGCAGUACAUAGAAAACCAUUAUAAGAAGCAGAUGCAGAGCCUACAGGAAAGGAAGGAAAGACGUAAUAUGCUAGAGAAAAAGUUGGCUGAUGCUGAAGUCUCUGAGGAAGAGCAGAGCAACUUGCUUAAGUAUUUGGAAAAAAAAGAGACAGAAUACAUGCGGCUUCAGAGGCAUAAGAUGGGGACUGAUGACUUUGAGCCCCUCACUAUGAUUGGGAAGGGUGCUUUUGGAGAGGUCAGAGUCUGCCGGGAGAAGGCAACUGGUCAUGUAUAUGCUAUGAAGAAGCUUAAAAAAUCAGAGAUGCUUCGCAGAGGCCAAGUUGAACAUGUGAAAGCUGAGAGGAACCUACUUGCAGAAGUUGACAGCAAUUGCAUUGUAAAACUGUAUUGUUCCUUUCAAGAUGAAGAGAAUUUAUAUCUGAUCAUGGAAUAUCUUCCUGGUGGAGAUAUGAUGACAUUGCUGAUGCGGAAAGAUAUUCUGACAGAGGAUGAGGCCAGGUUCUAUGUUGGGGAGACUGUACUAGCCAUAGAGUCAAUUCAUAAACAUAAUUAUAUUCAUAGAGAUAUCAAGCCUGACAAUUUGCUGCUGGAUAGAAAUGGUCACAUGAAAUUAUCAGAUUUUGGUUUAUGUAAACCACUAGACUGCAGUAGUCUUCAAGAAAAGGACUUCUCUAUUGGUGUUAACAGAAGUGGAACCCUCCAGAGUGACGGACGUCCAACAGCUCCCAGACGAACACAACAGGAGCAAUUGCAGCAUUGGCAGAAAAAUCGGCGAAUGCUUGCUUAUUCUACUGUUGGAACACCUGAUUAUAUUGCUCCAGAAGUUCUGUUAAAGAAAGGAUAUGGCGUGGAAUGUGAUUGGUGGUCUCUGGGGGCCAUAAUGUAUGAAAUGCUUGUCGGGUAUCCACCCUUUUAUUCAGAUGAACCAAUGUCAACGUGUAGAAAGAUAGUAAAUUGGAGAACUCAUUUAAAAUUUCCUGAAGAAGCUAAACUCUCAGCAGAGGCAAAGGAUCUUAUUUGUAGACUCCUCUGUAAUGUGGAACAGAGGCUUGGAACCAAAGGAGCUGACGAAAUAAAGGCUCACCCGUGGUUCAAAGGUAUUGAAUGGGACAAAUUGUACCAAAUGAAAGCUGCUUUUAUACCUGAGGUCAAUGAUGAAUUAGAUACUCAAAAUUUUGAGAAGUUUGAAGAGGUGGACAAGCAAACUGAAACUUCAUCAAAGGCUGGCCCAUGGAGAAAGAUGUUGCCAUCUAAAGAUGUCAACUUUGUUGGCUACACAUAUAAGAAUUUCGAAAUCGUGAAGGAUCAUGAACUACCUGGAAUUGCUGAAUUGAAGAAAAAGAACACAAAACCUAAAAGACCAUCCAUUAAAGCCUUGUUUGAUGAUGAAUCAGCUAUGGCUGCGAAUCAACAGGCAAAGGGGAGCUUCUUAAACCUCUUACCUCCUCAAAUGGAAGUUCCUGAGAAAAGUGGAUCACAGUGAACUGUACUGAUAUUUUACUGAACUUGUGGAUUGCCACUGAUUGUUUUAAUAUUUUUUCACAAUUCUUUUUCAGCUUGCCGUUCAGAGUUUAGUUUCGGAAGCAAAAGUGUUUGGCUAACUGGAAUACGCUUCUGUAGAAAAAACUUUUAAAAUUUGUAUAUUCUUUGGUUCACCUUUUGUGAAAGCUGAUAUGUUAAAAGUAUUCACAACUUAUUUCUUGUAAUUAAUGUUACUGAUACAAGUAUUGAUAAGGAUGUACAAAUUUUCAUAAACUGAAACAACCAUUACUCCGUUCACUUCAAA